AUGAUAAUAAUAUCAUAGGGUGCGAGAAGGAUUAAGUUACUAUAACUCCAAAAAAAUUAGGCUAAUUCUAAUUAGUAGUUUAUGACUUAUCCUUAAAUUACAGUGUGUCAGCAACCCUUAAUUUAAUAGAUCACUGUAGUUGGAAAUUCAAUCAGCGCAACCUCUACAUUCCAUUAUUAUAAGAAAUAGGUGCAUGUGACAACUUGGACUCCUCUUCGUUUGAUUGAUUCCCAUGGAUUCGGCAAUAUUAACCAAGUCAAUAAUUAGUUUUUGAUCACUCCAAAUAAAGAAGGCUUAUUCAAGUUAUAAACACAAUACGACUCAAUCAACUCUAAUCAAGUUGAUUUGAAGGUUAUACCCAAGUUAUAAGCUGAAACUGUCUACAUGCCAACUGAAUGUGAGACUCAUGUGUUGUUCCCCUCCUACUCUUAAUUCACUUAUUCAGCCAUUUCCAAUGAGGAUUUAGAAACUUCAGUUAGCUAGAACAUUGUCACUAUCAAAUCUAAAAAGAGGAAUGGAAAUUAUUUUGUCACUGUGUUCUUAAGAUAGUCUAAUAUUCUGAUAGAUUCAGUCGAUGUACCAGUAGUAGUAAAUAAACCCAAUAGGGCUAUUUUACACUAUGGUAGGAAAAUUGAAUUAGGUUCAUCAGUAAGAAUAGUGGCUGACUUCCUUAUACAGGAUCAUUAGAUGAACCUUUGUUUGUGUCCAACACACAAGAUACAUUGGUAUCUAGAUGAGAAAUUGGUUCAGACAGCUCCAAAUUCUUUGGGACUUUCAGUUUCCACAGUUGUGGCUGGAAAAAUUACUAUUAAAAUCAAGGCCUAUGAUUUAGAGGCUUAGACUCUACUUGAAGUAGAAAGAUUGAAUUCCUAUACUAGAAACUUAUUUAUUAAUACCAAGGCCUUGUACCAUGUUCCUCUUCUGGUUCCUACCAACAGCAGAUUAGCUUUGGGAUAAGAAAUAAAGAGUGUUGGAUAAUUGAAUAUGAAUCCACCUAACAUUAUUGAAAGUGAUAGCAUCACUUUGUAGCCUCAAUUAUUGUUAGCCACAACUCCCAUGUUAAUACAAGUAGAAGAAAUCUAUCAAAUGUAUCCGAUGUCGGAAUUUGUGAAUUUGAAAGUCGAUGAAAAAUUAGAAAUUCAAAUUGCAUACUUGAAUUAGGAAGGAUAUCAAUACGAUGAUAUUGAAGACAAUAAGCUUGAGGUUCUAGGAUACACUAGACACAUUGUGUAGAUUAAGGUGAAUAAGAAUGGAAUUGAAAUUUAGGGUUUGGAUUAAGGAUUUGCAUUGAUCAAGUUGAGUUGUGUGGGAGCCACCUUGUUGUAAAAGAAAGCAUAUCUUGGAUCCACAAUCACUUACAAGAUGGACAAUUCAGAGAAACCAAUAUGGAAUUCAAAUUGUGGUAGUUUCAAGGGCAAUCAGUUAACAAUCGAAAAGGAAUUGAAUGAAUGCUUUGUUGAGGUCAAUGAUUAAGGUAACAAAUUCAAGGCUGGACUCGAGGUCAUCAGACCAUCACAUAUAAUUAUUGAGUCAAACAAAGUGGAUAAUCAUUUGAACAUCAAAUUAAAUGUCAAUCCCAAAAUACAGCAAUCUGAUUAAAUCAAUCCAAACUUUGAAAUCAAAAUCGAAGUCGAUUAACCUCAAUGGUUUGAAUUAGUAAAAACUGACAAUCUCUAUGAAUAUAAUAUCAAACCCAUUAUUGCUUAAGAUACUACUCCCAUGCCUAAGAAGGUGAAGGUUAAUGCAUUCAUCUCUAAUCAGUUCAUUUAAUUGGAUGGCAGCAAAGAAAUCACUUAUGAAAGAGAAUUCUAUCUUCCCAACAAGGAAAUAUUUAUUUAAAAUAGCCAGCCAAUCUAAACUCUAAGUAUUCCUUACUAUAGAAACAUUGAGAAGACCUAUCAAGAGAACCAUUUGUAAGGAUUGAUCACAACCUAAUUUUCUCAAGGUCGAGUUGAGAUUGUGUUUGAUUUUAGUCAGUGUCACGAACCUACUGAAGGAGAUGUUUAUUUUGAAAAUGGAUAAAAAAUAAGAGUCAAAUUUGUAUAAGAGUCGAACUACGAAUUAAUAAUAUUUUUAGCUGCACUAGUCUUCUUUAUCUUAGUAUUAAUGAAUUAUUUCAGAUGA